AUGUUUUAUUUAGUGGAGUUUAUAUUUGAAUCUUCAAAUUUCGAUAAACAUUUCAGAAAACAAAGCUUGACGUGCGAUGAUUAUCAAUUUCUUCAUCGUAGUACGAUCCCGACUUAUCAUUUUCAAAAAAGUCUUCGAAGAUUACCAAUUCCAAAAUUGGAAUUGACGUGUCAAAGAUUUUUGGCUGCGGCCGAAGCAGUUCUUCCAAACGACAGAUAUUCCUCUUUAAAAUUGGCUGUCGAAAAUUUUGAGCGAACGGAUGGUCAAGAAUUGCAAAGAGAUCUUCUUGCUUAUGAUAAGCAAAAUAAACAUACCAGUUAUAUAUCAGAGCCAUGGUUUGAUAAAUACCUUAAAGAUCGUAUUCCCUGUCCUAUUAACUAUAAUCCGUUUAUGAUGUUUGCUCCAGAUCCGCAAAAUGAAUUUAAUAAUCAGUUGGUUCGUGCCACCAAUUUUGUGAUAUCUUUUGGUCGUUUCAAACGAUCGUUAGAUGCGAACGUUUUAUCACCUGAAGUUUUUCAUUUAAACCCGAAAAAAUCAGAUACUAAUUUUUUUAGAACUAUUUGUCGAAAUUUACCUGCGAACUUAAGUUGGUUUGGAGCCGUAUUGUUUAAAGCAUUCCCACUAGAUAUGAGCCAGUACAAAAAUUUGUUUGGUGGAACUCGAAUUCCGCAAGUGGGAAAGGAUAAAUUAUAUCAUUGUGCUAAUUCGAAAAGUUUUGUGGUUAUACGCCAUGGAAAAUUUUAUUCAGUUGAUCUUUUCGAUGAUAAAGGUUUACUGGUUUCUGCCGAGCAAGUUUAUGCAUGCAUUGCUGCAAUAUUGAAUGAUUCAACAUUGCUUAAUGCUAAUGAAUGUAUCGGGUCAUUAACAUGCUUGAAUCGCGAUAAGUGGGCUGAGAUUCGUAAUCAGUUAUGUUCCGAUGAAAGAAAUGUGAAAUCAAUUACUGCAAUAGAUAAUGCUUUGUUUGUUCUGUGUUUAGAUUCUGUGCGAUCUGAAGACCCCGAUCAACUGGCAGAAAAUUUUCUUACAGGCGUUCGAAAUUUUUAUUUCUGGUGGUUCGAUAAAUGUUUUCAAUUAAUCGUUGAUGAAUUUGGUCAUGCAGCGAUAAAUUUUGAACAUUCGUGGGGUGAUGGCGUUGCUGUUUUGCGACUUUUGGAAGAAACAUUCAAAGAUACGAAUGCAAACCAUUUUGUAGCGCCUGGUCAGUCAGUUGAUAGCAGAAUAAAUGUGAACAGUCACUUCCGACCUCUCGGCUUCGUACUGAGUAACUCUGUACGUGAAAAAAUAACGACAGCGCAAGCUGAAUACAAAUCUUUAUCAUCAGCGCUUCAUUUUGGACAUUUUGAAUACUUUGGUUUGAGUCGUAAAUCUAUAAAACUGGCAAAUUUAUCACCAGAUGCAAUUGCACAGCUUUCAUUCCAACUGGCCUUUUAUAAGCAAUACGGAGAAUUUGUACCAACAUAUGAAUCAUGUAGUACCGCAGCUUUUCUGAAGGGCAGAACCGAGUGUAUAAGAUCAUUAACUGUUAUCAGUCGUGAUACCGUAUUAGCAAUUGAAAACGAUGCGAAUGGCCUGCUUAGAAAAAUUCAAGAAUGUUCCAGACAGCAUUCAGAACUAGUUAAAAAAGCAGCGAUGGGAGCAGGAUUCGAUCGGCAUUUAAUGGGAUUAUUUGUGACAGCAGAAAGGUUGGGGAAAACAAUACCGGAUCUCUUUUUGAAUAAUGAUUUUGAAUAUAUGAAGCAUUUUAUUUUGUCCACUUCAACACUUUCAUCAUCAGCAAUUGCUCUCGGUGGAUUCGGACCAGUGGUGCAGGAUGGUUUCGGCAUUGGUUAUACUGUUACAGGAGCAAAAAUAGGUGCAGCUAUAUCAUCUUUUAAGGAUAAACGCGAUGCAAAAUUAUUUUCGAAUUUAAUUUUGGAGAGUUUGGAUAGACUGAGGGAUAUAAUAAACUCUGGGAAAUAA